CCCCUCCCCUCCCUAAAUAUUUGCGAAUAGGUCCCUCAUGCUGUCCUUGGACGAGAUUUUCUCCUUCCCCUUCCCGGCCUUCGACGAAGGCUCCGGCUCCACGUCCUGGGCGGAGCCGGCCCAGACCACCGAAACCGGUCCAGAAGAACCGGACCGGGCCGCCCUCUCGCUGGCCGAGGAGCGCCGGCGGCGGCGCAAGAUCUCGAACCGCGAAUCCGCCCGCCGCUCGCGCAUGCGGAAGCAGCGCCACCUUGAGGAGCUCCGGAGCCUGGGCGCCCAGCUCCGCUCUGAAAACCGAUCCCUCGCCGACCGCCUCGUCGCCACCGUCGACCGAUGCCUCAUCUUCCGCCACGAAAACAACCGGCUACUCGCCGAGUCGGCCGCCCUCCGCCGCCGUCUCUCCGACCUCCUCCUGCUCCGCCAGCACCACCUACUCUCCUCUCCCCCGCCGCCGCCGCCGUCGUCGUCGCCGCCGCCGCCGCCCGCGGUGCCCGCCGCGUGGUUAAUCGCUUGAAAAACUUCGAAAAUCGGGAAAUUUUUAAACUGGACAAUGUAGAAAGAAACGGAAUUAAGAGAGAGAAAGAAAGCAACUACUUCUAUCUCUCUCUUCUUUCUCUCUCUUAUGUAUAAAUUUAAACCGGUUUUAGGAAAAUGAUGGUUUUUUAAUGGCCGGAAUUGGUCCUUUUUUUCUUUUGGAAAGCGGCUGUUCGCAAAUUACGAAAUUUUUACAUUUUUCCCCUCCUUUCUCUUUAUGCGUUUUAAAUUAAUAGCAAUUAGUAAAUACUAUAUCGAUAAAGGUCGAAAUAUCGUAACCCGGUUCGUUACCCCACGAGAAACUGAAACCGGCGAGACGUUAUAUAACGUGACGACCGAAGCCCUCUAAAACCUGGAUAAAGUUUUGAGAAGACGGACAAACUUUUUUGAAAUAAUAAAACAUCUAAGUGGACCGAGAACAUUUAGAUGGCCGUUCCGAUUGCGUUGAGAUUCGUGUUGGGUUGGAUGGACGGAGGAGAUUGUGGCAUGCUAAGGUGGUGGCUGCUUUCGUGAUGAUGUAAUACGUUUGACAUCCAAUGACAUGAUUGGAUCAGUGGACUGUCUUUUUGUCGAUAAAGCUUGAGGUGGUAUAGGGGGAUUUUGGAUAAUUUAAUCAA